GUGAACCACUGUUUCUCCUCGGUUUGUGUGGCCCGUGUUGCCCUCUUUUGUAAUUGAACUGAAUCUUCCAAAUUACCGUUAACUUUCUCUGUAUUUUGUUUAUAUCCUUUCAUUAUCCGAAAAAAAAUCCCAAAUGGUAGUAGCCCGUUUAUUACGAGUAGUCGAUUAAUUGUGGAUAUUUUGAACAUAAUAAAACAAUGGGGAGGAGGCGGUUAGAAAUGUCAAAUGCACAGAUCCCUUUAAGGGCUAGGUACGGUUAUUCUCAAGAAAGUUUCGCUAAGUAUUCCGAACCUUCGAUAAGGUCCGAGUACAGGAACGGAAGCAGGUGUGACGAGUGCAUGACACGAGUUCCCUAUGCGACUCUGAUUGCAACGAUUAUGUGCCUCAUCGGUGUAGUGAUAUUCUGCUGGACGAUGUACAGAGGAGCCACCCUAAGUGCUGUUAUGUUAGAUGGAGUGUUUUUUGUACGGCUUGAAUGGCUAGAAGCAGUUCAGAUGUCAGUUGUAGGUAUUGGUGCUACAAUGGGUGCUCUUGGUCUUAUGGUGCUCGUUGUUGGGUGUUUGGCAACUGGAGCGACAAGGCAUAAAGUAUAUAAGGCUUGGAAUGCAAGGAUUGGUGGUAGAAUCUCUUGUGCUGUGUUUAUGGGAAUUGCAUAUGUGCUCCAGAUAACCUGGCUUAUAUUUUUUGUGUUUCUCAUUGCCAUAACUAUUUUUGUCACAUUGUUCUGGGAACUGUGUUCGUCCAAUGGGGUCAAGGAGACAAAGCAAAUUAACUUUCAGCAAUUCGAUUUUCUGUUUCCGGGCAUCAACAGGGAUUAUUUAAAUAUUAAUACUGAUGAUAGAAUAAAAUUAUUCUGUAAGGAUUUUGUUGAAAAAGCUGAAAUGAUGUUUAUAUUAGCAACUUUUGCUUGUAUGCUUGUUAUUCUUUCUCUAGUUCACUAUCUUAUGUGCCUUUCAGCUAACUAUGCUCAUAUACGGGAUCAUGAAAAACUCCAAGAACUUCAGGAACUUCAAAGCCUCAAUGACCUAGAGGGAUUAACAUCUUCAAAGGACAGGUUUUAGCGGUUAAGAGCGCGUUCGUCUUCACAUCUGUAUGAAUCUAAUCUACAGGCGAAGCUCCGAGCGCUUAAAUAAUUUUUAAUACUUAAUAAAUUCUAUUAUACUUUUAUUCCAUUUAUUUUAUUUUUUUAUUUAUAUUGCAACAUUUAUUUACAGUUUUUAAGCUUCUUUACCAAAAAAAAAGUUUAAGUUGAAUUAUCACUCAAGAUUUUGUUUGAAAGCUUGUACUUCUUUUAUUUGCAUGUUAUGUAAUUGUGUUAGUUCAAAAAUGUACUUGCUUGGAAAAAUUUAUUUAAUUAUUUUUACACAAUUGAAGAUGAGAAGCUUUCGUUAAGCAAGUAAGAGAUGAAAGACAUUCAUUAAUUAAAAGUUAAAAUUAUACCCUUAAGUGAUAAAACAUUACCACCUUCAUUUAAUGUCUUUCUCAUUAUAAAAAAAUCUAGCAAAUGAAUUGAACUUUUUUCUAGUGAAGUGAUGGAAGUUAAAGUUUUAAACUGUUGAUAAACUAUUUAUUCAUUGCACAUAAUUUUCCAGCUCAAUUUGGAAUUUUAUAUUAUUGCCUAUUGAUACAAAACUUAAUUGUCACAUACUAUUAAAAAUCUAAUAGUUAAGUAUCAUAAUUUAUUGAAAUUGGUGUUUAUUGUAGUAAUAGAUCUCAGAAAUGGAAGAAACAAGAGCAAUAAACUUCCACUCAUUUGUAAGUGCCAAAAUGCAGGACCAAUCAUUACUUGAGAACAUAUCCACAUAACUCAUAUCACUUAAACUUCUGAAUCACAAAAAAAAAGUUUACAAAGAACAAAUUAGUUUUUAUAAUCAAUUACUAGCUAGCUCAAAUAGAGUUUUUAAGAUAUACAAAUCAUUACAAUUUACUGAUUUUUUUUUUACAAUAAAAGUUGAAAAUAAGCAAAACGGGUGAUAAAAAUAGUGUUAUCAAUGCUUUUCGUAGUUGUCACAACAUAAUAAUAAGAAGAAGAAGAAAAAUUGAAGAAUUUCCUUAUGACACUUGCCUGCUCACAAAAUUUAAAAUCAGACAUUAUUAUUAUUAUUAUUAUUAUUAUUAUUAUUGGCCUAGCUUUUUGACGUUGGCCAUACUUUUUUUCCAUCUUUAAAAAGGUGUAACCCAUUUUCUAACGUAGACUACAGUUAAUUUGAGGCCAUUACCAUUAUUUAAUUAUAAAAAAUAAUAAUCCAGAUUCUGUCUUUUGUGAUGAUUUAUUGUAACUGUGUAGUUUUUUUAAUUUAAAAGAUGAGGAGUUUUAAGAUGUAGAUUUUAUCACAUAUCAGUUCCUGUUUCAAACCUCAGUUCCAUAAAAAA